GAGCCGUGAUGAACGUCCAGCUGGCGCAAGAAAAAGCAUCCCUGCUCUACCCCUACGGUCCGGAGCAACGUGACCACAAGAACCCCAAACUUGACGAUGGGACGUCGAAGAAGAUCUCCCUCGCCGUGCCCUUCACCUUCUACGGCAAAGAGUACCAAAUCCUUUACGUGAACAACAACGGCGUGAUUUCCUUCGACAGCCGGGUCAGCCAAUACACCCCCGACCCCUUCCCCCUGGCGGACGGACGCCCCUUCGUGGCUCCGUACUGGGCGGACGUCAACAACGUGCUGGGAGGGGAUGUCUUCUACCGCGAGACCACCGACCCGACGCUGCUGGCGCGCAUCACCGAGAACAUCAACCAAUACUUCCCCGACAUCCCGUACGCCGCCACGUGGGCUUUUGUGGCCACCUGGGACCACGUGGCCUACUAUGGCUCUGUCACCAAUAAGGGCAACACCUUCCAAGCUACCCUGACCACCGACACCAAGACGUCCUUCAUCAUCCUCAACUAUUGGGAUAUCCAAUGGACUACGGGGGAGGCAAGCGGCGGCGACGCCGAAACAGGUCUCGGAGGCACCCCAGCCCAUGCCGGUUUCAACAGCGGAGAUGAAACCAACUUCUACAACAUCCCCGGUUCCCAGACCGAAGCCAUCAUCAACAUCACCAUGACCUCCAACGUCAACGUCCCGGGGCGUUGGGUCUUCCAGGUGGAUAACUUUAAGGUGACAGGGGUCCCCACCGAGGCGCCCAAGGUCGUCGAUAGCAACAACUGCUGGUU